ACUGACUGUCGCAGGUCGGUGGGCGGGGUAAGGCUCCUCCUGGCAAUGCUGACGUGGAGUGACAAGAGGCCGAAUAUCGCGUCAUCCCAGCUGGAAGAGGAGGAGGGAGAGAGGGAGAGCCUGAGAGAGAGUCUGCCUGGUCCGUUGCUGUCCCAGUGUCAGCGGUGUGAGUGAGAUAGAGACACAGAGCGGCCCUGCCUGCGCCAGCCAUCACCAUGGGCAUCCGCAAGAAGACAAGCAAGACCCCCCCGGUGCUCAGCCAUGAAUUCAUCAUCCAGAACCACGCAGACAUCGUGUCCUGCCUGGCCAUGAUAUUCCUGCUCGGGCUCAUGUUCGAGGUAAGGGUGGCCCAUCCUGCAGGGCCCACCGCACCCCCAGAGUGCCAGCAUGGCACCCUCCCACGAAUGGAAUGCUUGGCACCCCCAGAUUGCCAGCAUGGCACCCACAGAUUGCCAGCAUAGCGCCAUGCCAACAUAGGGGGUCAGCAUGGCACCCUCCCACGAAUGGAAUGCUUGGCACCCCCAGCUUGCCAGCAUGGCACCCCCAGAUAGUCAGCAUGGCACCCUCCCACGAAUGGAAUGCUUGGCACCCCCAGAUUGCCAGCAUGGCACCCCCAGAUAGUCCACAUUGCACCUACCCACAAAUGGAAUGCUUGGCACCCCCAGAUUGUCAGCAUGGCAGCUUCCCCACCUCCCCCCGUGUUAUCCUGGCACCCCCAGGGUACAGGUUGGCACUUUCACAGAGGAUCAGUAUUGCACCCCACAAUCCCUUACUGGUCUACACAUCUCUUUACCUGCCUGGGGUUCCUGGGAAUUAGAGUCAAAAUCCAGCUGGGGAGUCAUUCUAAGUAUAUAGAUAUCAACUAAUAAUGUUUAACCCCUUAAGGACACAUGACGUGUGUCAUGUCAUGAUUCCCUUUUAUUCCAGAAGUUUGGUCCUUAAGGGGUUAAUGGUCACCGAGUACUGAUCACACUGGUCCCAAUGUAUAUGGAGAUUGUGUGCAAUUAAUGUGUAUGUUUACUGUCACAGCUGGGUCCUGUGCAAUCAUCCCACAAUACACAUGCAGAGCAAGUGCUUACGUGUUACUCUAAACACUUCUCUUUAAAUUUGGACAAGAGAAUCUAGAUACCUUGAUGUAUGGUACACGUGUUUUGUUUAUCUCUAAAGCUUAAAAUAUUGCUGUCCAGUUUCAUAGAGCCUAUUGUGUCAAUUAGUCUUACAUUUUGAUGACCCCCAAAAAAUGCAGAUUAUGUGAGGGAAUUUUAUCCCCAACUAAACCGUAAUAGUAAUAUUAUUUUUUUUAGAUCUACUAUGUUUCUUAGUGCUGAAACGUCUCUGUGCAUCCCUACUCCCAAUAUAUAGUGCCACAUCACUUCAUGCUUGUGCAUAACUUCAUUUUGUACUGUAUGGAACCCCAUAACUCUAACUGUUCACAAAUAGUUGUAGUUGAUAAACUCCAUGGAUAAGAGAGCCUUAUUAAAAGUUAUUAAUUUCUAGUUUAGUGAUUGCAUGUUUGUAUAUUUAAUUUAUUUGUAAUUAUUAUUUAUUAAAAAUUCCUAAUAUUGUUUGCCAUAUGUCUGAAUUAUGGUGUGUCUAUUUUCAAGGGCUACUAAACUGCUCUUAUGUCUUUAUCAGUUAAUGUAUUUGGACAGUUAUUUUGUCAUCCAUAUUUUAUUUAGGAAAGUGAGAGUUAGCAGAUUAUUUACAUUUUGAGUACACACGUAAGGUUUUGUAGACAUGUAAACUGUAUACGUGUAUGCAUUAAUGGUCAAUAAACCUUUCAGUUAUUAGUGCUGUAAAAAAACAUCAAAAUGCAAUUGUUCUAUUGGCAGUGAAAACCCAUUUUUCUUUCUGUCCCCUUUUGAAUAGCAGACAAGUUCUGUAAUUUCCUUUAACCUCUUAAGGACACAUGACAUGUGUGAUAUGUCAUGAUUCUAUUUUAUUCCAGAAGUUUGGACCUUAAGGGGUUAAAUGUUUAUACUUCACAUGUUGAUAGGAUCAUUUGACGCCUCACAAACUACAUUUAUUUUAACAGAAAAGAUGUUGUUUACAGGCAGUCAUUGAGACUUAUUUUAAGAGAUUUCAUUAUCAUGGCAGUAGAGUGUUUUUUAUUUUUUUUUUUGUUUUUUUUUUGUGUGUGUGUGUGUGUGCACAUCAUGUCCCAUAAAGCUUAACUGGCAUAAUCAUUGUCAAGUGGUUAGCCAUAAUGGCAGAGCCCAUUUCCACAGUAAAAACAGUUUUUUAAAAUCAUGUAUUGUGAGUAUUAUCAAUACUAGUUUGCUAAUUUACAAAUAAAAAAUGUGACUUUUGUCCUUGAAGACCAGUAUUGACACUAUUCGUUGUGGUUUGGUUACCCGCCAGGUCAGAAAUAUCAAGUUUCGCUAAGACACUGGCCAAGUGUAAUCAUUACAUUAAACAGCUGCUGUCUAAAUUGGCUAAUGAUAAAUUGUUAUUUAUGGGAUCAAUACUAUAUAAACAGGACAAAUUCUAAGAAAAUUCUAUGUAAAAUAUUAUUGUAGUAAGUGACACAAUUGUGAGUAUCCAGAUAUCUGAAAAUAAAUUAAUAUAUAUCUAGUACAUGCAACUUUAGAAAGAUCAGCAGUGUUCCUGCGUGAAUGGACACAGUUGCAUCACAGCAUCUGUACAUCCGUUAAAAAGAUCCCCAUCACAAGACGAGUAUGCAUUGUGUGUAUUACCUGUAUAAUGCUAAAUAUUUUUGUGGUAUGUAAUUUUUCUUUUCUUUUUUUUUUUGGUAGGAAUUAUUUAUAAAAAUUUUUUUAUUUAUUUUAUGAACCAUCAAAUUACCUUUUGUAAUGACACUUAAUUUCUUACUUGAGAUAAUAAUGUGUUCCUAUUUUCUGAUACACAUUAGUUAGAUGCACAUAAACCGCUGAUAUGCCUAAAUUGUUUUGACACACAGUUAAUUUAACUCUUAUUCUGUUUUGACCUUUCGUGUUGCUGUUCCAUAGUUAGAGUGGCUUGGCUAUUUAAUCUAGCUGGUGUCUGGCUUGACAUACUUUGUGAAUCUAAUUUUUUUUUUAUUUUUUUUUACAUUUUUUAUUGUAAAUAUAAUCUACAUACUGUACAACGUAUCAUCCUCAUAAUCUUCAGUUUGUGACAAUACUAUUUUAGCACUGACCCAGAAACGUACACUACAAGGACCAAAACAAAUUUAGCUUAAAGGGACUCUCCAGACCCCUAAAGGACUUUCUGAAGUACUUUCCUGGUUUGGUUAGCUCAGUGGAGCUAAACCCAAGAUGCAUCAAUUGCCCAGAGCACUUGCCUUGCAAUGACAUCUCGUUGAGCUGCAUUGGGAAGUCUCUGACUGGACAGCCACAGAAAUUCUUGGCUCGGGAAGGAGGGGUGGGAUCUGCAGUUCUUGCUAGCUGUUUUUAGAUAUAGUCCCAAUGAAAAAUGCAUAAUUAAAUGUACAUUUUUAUUUAGGGCAUGCUGAACAAUGUUAUGUUUGUGGGUUUUUUUUCUAUAUUUUUUGGGGGGGGGUAAUUGUACAGUGGCGUUAGGAGUUAAAUCAUUUUGUUUAUGGAACCGUAGUCACACCCCGCAUGCAUGUGAUCUACACUGUUUCUACACAUUUUUUUUUAAUUUUUUUUUUUAAGAGAAAUCUAAUUUUUAAACUGGCUUUAUUGCACAGUUUUUUUUUAAUUUAAAAUUUAUCUUCUGCUCUGUUAGUAGCCUGCAGGACCCUAUUGUUUAAUCUUCAAUUAACAGAGCAGAAGUUGAAAACUUUUGAAGUAAACCCCUUGUCCUGUAAAAGCUGAUUGAAAAUGAAAUAUUUUUGAAGUUGGCCUUGUCACAUGCAGCAGAGGUUUGACAAUGGCUCUUAAAUGGCAGAUAAUUUAGCAGUGACACUGCAGGGUCAUGAUCUAUACAUCAAAACUGAUGUAUUAUCCCCUUAACUAUCAAGCAAUUUGGGGGGAAAAGCAAUCCCCAGAAGAGUGCUUUGAGUGUCCUUGAAACAAACACAAACAUUUUGCUUGAACAGGAAAAACUUUUAAAAAGUCACGUAGCAUAUCCUGAAGUUACAUAUAAGAAACUGUUGCAAAUAAAUAACAUUUCUUAAUAUAUAACAGAUUCCUACAUUGCCCCUCUCCCGCAUAGUCUAUAUGAUCUCCCACAUUACAUAUAGUUGCCACUUUGGACACCUAUAAAAUUAGAGAGAUGCAGACCCAUAUUUGUGUGUGUGAAUUGGCACCUGUGGGUCUGUUUGGCAUUGUGAAGCAUAUAUAUGUUUGGGAGUUUGUCUGCCAUUGAUUAUCCUUGUGCAUCUGAGUCUAUAUCUGUGUGUCUUUGUACCUUUUGACUGGGUCUGUGAGCAUGUACAUGUGUGGGAGAGCUGCUUGCAGUGUGUUGCAUGGGGGGGGGGGGAUGCUUGUGGCUUUUAUAUGUGCAUUGUGGUUAUGGCAAGACUAUACUGUGUGCAUGAAGGAAGUCUAUGCAUGUGGGUUACUGUAACAGUGUGUAUGAAACAAUGACUGCUGCAUUGUGUUGGGUGCUCUGUGUUGCACUGUUACUGGAUGGCCUGUCGUCACAGUAUGUGUAUAUAACGGUGGCUGUUGUAUCACUAGGUGACAUGUAGUUCUAAAAUUGUGUAUGUAAUGGUGGUUGCAAUAUAGUGAGUAUUAAUGAGUGGCCUAGUUAUAUUAUGUGCAUAACCGUGCCUGCUGGCUUUGUGUUAGGUGGCCUAGUUACUGUACUAUCUAUGUAACAAUAUGUGUUAUUGGGUGGACUGUAAUAGUGCCUGCUGUAUUGUAUUUCUGGGUGGCCUUGUAGUUACGUUUGUGUGUAAAACAGUGGCUGCAGCAUGCUGGGUUGUUUUGUUUCUGGCUGUGUGCCUGAAGCUGCAGAGCAAUGUGAACGUGGCAGAAGUGUACUGCUGAACUAAGGAUUGAAUCGUUCUUCAAACUGUUCAUAGCUCUGCUUUCACUUCAAACCCCACUGUUACACAGCUGUAGCUGUAAGAUGCUUCUCAAUUGUUGCCAAGUAUUUUUAGAGUUAAGGAACUACCUUGAAUAUUAUUUAUUUUUAUUUCUCCGAUAGAUCCAUCAAUAGAAUUUAUAUGAAAAGAAAGUUGAUUACCAAUGCAACUUUUAAUUAUUGUUUUUGCUUAUUGGAUUUAUAAAACACUCGUGUAUUGUUUUUAGAAAAUUUAUACAUGCCUAAAACUAACUUUUGUUACUGUAUCAUAUUCAUUUGUUAUAAAAUUACACACAAGCAAGCUAGCUUCUGUUACUGCAGCAUUCCUCCAUGUCCUUGUUUAAUGAGGUACUAGUUGGGCACUGGCUGUAUUUUGCCACUAGUACAUGCCCAGUGCAUUCUUGGAAAAGAUUGCUAUACAUGGUGUGAAAUGUGAGUUUCCUGUUUUUAGUUAAAUUACAGUUGAUUCGUUAGAGUAUCGCCAUAGGUAAUGGAUUCUCAAACGUCUGCCUUUGUCACAUUCCACGUGCUGCUAUGUGAAUAUAGUCCUUUCCAAACAUGACCUGUUAAUAGUGUAUUCUAAUGUAAGGAAGCCUUUUCCUGAAAAUGUAUUAUAGAUAAGAGAUGGACCUAGGUUCCCACCACCCCACCCUAAAGCUGUUAUAACACUGCAGCGCUUUAUUUGUCUUAUAUCUAGGAAAGCGUUGUGGGAUUCUCAUUUCUACCUUUUUACACACCUGCGAUAUAAAACGUGGGGUAUAUCUGUUUCCAAAUCAUUGGCUGGCUUCAAACUCCCCUCAGCCAUAUUGUAGUGGCUCUUGCUCAUUUGGGUGAAUGGGACUUAAAAUAUCCUGUUUACAAAGAAAAAUAAUAUUCAUUAUAAAGAAAUUCUUGCUUUUGGUAAAAUGCACUUAAAACCUAAAAAAAUAAUCCUGUUUAAUUCUAAAAAAAGCUCUAAUAUUUAGGAGCCAGACUUUGCCAUUUUUCAGCCAUCUGGCACUAGUUUACCUGGCACUAUAGUUUUCCCCCUUCACCAAGGCCCCCCUUCCUCCCCGUGUUGCAGAAGAUGUUAAAAACACCUACUGUCACUUACCUAUAUCCAGCACCGAUGUCUCUCUGCACUGGCUAGGGCCCACCCUCUUUCAACCCCGCCAACAUCAGCCAGCAGGGGAGACUUAAUGCGCACGUGUGGCAAUGGUCACAUUAGGGUUUCCCCAUAGGAAAGCAUUAUUCAGUGCUUUCCUGUGGGGAUUCUGGUGAUGCUGAAAGUCCUCAUGCAUAGCGUGAGGACGUCCAGCUUCCGUUAGACAGCCACAAGAGUAGUAGUUAAGUAAUUAUUGCAGUUUAAAAACAACUGUUUUAAUUACCUUUGCAGUGUUUAAGGGUGCAGGGACACUGCACCCAGGCCACUUCAAUGAGCUGAAGUGGACUUUGUGCCUAAAUCACGGUUUAUGCUACCCUAGUUACACCUCCUUGCAUGUGACUUACACAGCCUUCCUAAACACUUCCUAUAAGUGUCGCCUAAUGUUUACACUUCUUUUAUUACAAAUCCCUUUUAAUAUAGAAUGUCUCAUCUGCUGCUCUGUAAAUAACUUGCUAGACCCUGCAUGUAAUUAAAGUUCAUUUUACAGAGCAGAUAAAAACUUUUAAAGUAAGUUGCAUAUGAUUGAAAAUGAAACCAUUUUGUUUUCAUGCAGGCUGUGUCAGUCACAGCCAGGGGAGGUGUGGCAAGUCAGCAUGGACAGAAACAAAGGGGAAGUAACUCCUAAAUGGCAGAGAACUGAGCAGUGAAACUUGGCCUGUUCUAUGCACAAUACUGCUUCGUCAAGCUAAACUUGUUUUGAUGACUAUAAUAUCCCUUUAAAAUUUCUGUGGCUUGGUGUGUGGAUUUUCUUGCCCAUAAUUCUUUUUAUGAAAGCCAAUAGUUCUGCAGAGGGAAACCCAUAAUUCUCUCUGUGAAGAUUUGACGGACUUUGGACAUUGGAAUAGAAAAUCUAAGGAUGAUGUACUUUAUGUGGAGUUUCACUGUUGCAACCACUAUUUCUGUAACCAUAAAUGACUGUUUCACAUGAAUUUGUUGUUUUUAUUGGUUUAUGGUUGGUGUAUUUAUUUGUGUAAACAUGCUAUAUCUAAACUGAUCUGGUAACAUACACUUUUUUAAUAAUUUUUUUUUUUAGAUCACAGCAAAAGUGGCAGUAAUGUUUGUCACGCUACAAUAUAACGUUACCAUUCCAGACGAAGGCAAGUAUUUUACAAUCUGAUUUUAAAACCUGUGCAUGUGUUUGUCUUGCUUUGAUAGUAUGCAUUUUUUUUUUCUUGCUGUGUUGUCUGUUCAAAGAGGAUAUUACAACUAUACUGUGUGAUUGACAAAUUACAAGGAAAUGGUCUAGUCAGUUAUUCUGAGUAAACCUGCUGGUUUGUGUUAUAAUUCCAAACAAUAUAAAUAAAAACGAUAUAAAAAAAAUCACCCUGAAUGUCACAUUUUCAUGCUGAUCCCUAGAAACUGUAGUUUGAGUACUGUGGCUUGAGACCUCUCGGCCAAUUGUUUCUCUCACUGAAUGCAUAGGUAUACUUUCAAAUUUUGCUAAUAAGCAAGGAUAUAUGGAGAAAACCGGUUUCAUGCAAGUGUUCUCCACUUUCUGGGAGACAUGGCAAGUCAAUUUUGUGUGUUACAUUAUUUGCAAACACAAUUUGCGAAAAGCAGAAAAGCAGUGGGUGUAUUUAUGAUAAAAGGAAAUAUUAAUUCAGUUGAAAAUUCUCAAGCCUAGUGUUGAUUUUCUUCCCCACAGUGUAACCUAUACAUUGCUGGCAGUUUAACUAUCAAAUAUGUUAUUCAACAUCCAAACUUUUAAAAAGCUAUAUUUUGUUAUUUUACAGUUACUAGAAACAUGCAGUAGUAAGUUGGCUUACUUUUCGGCAUCAAUCUAAGGCACAGUUGGCCGAACAUUAGGCCAGUCACGAGAGACUCGUUCUCCUCUUUGGAGUCUCUAAUGAUGCUUGCGUGUUUCUCUCCUCUACAAAUCACAAACCACCUGUUAUGUACCUAGGUACAGUAACCAAUGAGAAAGGUAUGGGAUAGGUGAUUAAAAAGCAGAAUUCUGGAAACGUACAUUGUUUCCAUAUAAACUUCAUAAAAUUGAGCAUGCAAAAAUUUAAUGAAUUUUUAAAGACAAACUAUAAAGUAUUUAGAAGUUGUGUUGAUACCUGGAGUGUUUCUUUAAUGCUGAGAGAAUAUUUGUGUGUGUGUGUGUGUGUUUGUGUGUAUAGGACAGAAUCAAUGUCUAGCCUAAAGACACCCAAUGGUUCAAUUAGACAUUGUUUUAUUGUCUUUUAACAAAAAGGCUUAUUUCUGCUGCUCUCUAGAAAGAUGUGAUAUAGCAAUAGUAGUAUAAUAUGUUAAUAUUUGAUUCAUUUUUUUUUUUCUUUGUAAAAUAAGCUCUUUAAACAAAUCUCUACCAAGCUGACAAAUCCUUAUUAUCCUUUUAUCUUUGAGAGGAAAAAAAAAGGUUCAAAAAUAGAAAGCAGUUACCAGCUGUUCUGACUAUUUACAGUACAGCUCCUGCUAGUCACAGAGCAGCCCUGCAAAUGGGAAGAUAUGCGUGGGACUUAUCAUUUAGUCCUAGAAACCCAAGCUGAAUCCUUUCUCCAUUUCAAUUUUGUUUUUUACUUCUCCCCAUGUCAUGCUAAUUAGAUUCUUUAGAUACCCUUUGACAUAGUGUUAAAAUGUGCCUAAUGGGUACAUUUACUGACAGUCUCUUCAGGCACAGCAGUGGAAAGAAUAUUUAACCUGCUAAUGGGGAACAUGGCAUUUGUGUGUCAAAGGGACUCUCUAAGGGCCAUAACAUCCUGUGCCCAUUACAUAGGUUAUGGUGCAAGGUCCCCCGUUGCCUUCUUGCACCUAGUUGCUUAUAACUGUAGUGACUUGGGGGGAAACCAGCACUGCAUGUUUCUUCUAACUUUGACUCUAGAGAAGGACUUUACACUUGACUUCCUGUAUUGGACUGUUUGUUUUGCACCCUCUCUGGAUGUUGGGGAAAUUCCAAACUCUGACUCUAGGUAUUCACAGUAUGCGGUUUAGGUGAAUGCUGUAUUGAGCCACAUUCACAAAGCCUUGAGUGGAAUAGGCAGUAGGUUGCUUUAGUGUGGCUCCAUUCAGCUUAUUUAGCACUUUCACUUAUCAGAUAAGAUGACCGGGAUUGCUGUUGGUGGCUGAACAAAAUUUCCUGAGGGAUAAUGUCAGACCCCCUGUGUCAGAAUGAGAGGCUCCUGAUUGGUAUGUCCUCUUCCUGGUCUUGGAGGAGUUUCCCUGCUGGUUUGAAGAGCAGUGUGCCAUUAAAGGUGCAUACCUUUUGUAUUCUCUGAAUAAGUCUGUUUCGUACUGAUGCUUGCAAGGUGCCUCGAUUGCUGACAAACAAUUACAGCUACUAGCACAGUCACUUGCUUUUAUAUGUUUUCAAUAUAGGGGUUCUAACAUGGUCACCUGUAUCAAUGUGAACAAAAAAUGAAACCCUCUUUUUGCAGUAGCAGUGACAGAAAUAUGUUGUCUGAGCAGAGUCUAAUUGGCAAUAGGAAUAAAUGAAUGCACACCUCCAUUUUACACCGUACCGGCCGCCGUCUGGCUGUAACAUGGAAACAAAAAAACAAACCUUUAAUUUCACUUUAAACCAGCACUAUCAUGGGUACAUAUCACAUAUAUUUUGAAGAAGAUACAAUCUUGAUGACAUGCAAUCAAGAUAUCAUAAUCCGAAUUACAGAGUGCAUUGUCUUUUUAUCAAGCCCUAAGUUUAUAAAAAGUGGAACCAUCAAGUUGUCAGUUGUCAGUUCCCACAGCCAUCGCUAGUGACUGCUAUGCCACUUCAAAACAGCAUCUAGAAUGUCGUGAGUAAAUUUGGUUAAUGCAGUGACUAAUACAGCAUACAGCUUGCUCAUCUCACUACAAGAGGAUGUAACUUGCAUAUAGACACUGUUUUGAGGUUAAUUUGUAUUAAUUCAUUUUUGUUGUUUUAGGAGCACUUGUUGAACCAGUUUCUCUGUAUCACUACGGUCUCAAAGAUUUGGCCACGGUUUUCUUCUACAUGCUCGUAGCAAUAAUAUUGCAUGCAGUUAUUCAGGAAUACGUCUUGGAUGUAAGUAUAGUGGAUCUUUUGUGGUAUCUUAAUUACACCUUGUUUGUUUUUUCAGUCUAAACUGCAUCUCAUAGUGUUGUUGUUCUUAUUGGAUUUAUAUCCAAUCUACUCUAUAAUCAUUCAUACAUCUUCUAGGUGAGUUGAACCCUUUGUACAAAGCAUACAUUUGUGCAAGUUAAAGAUGUGUUGUAUUUUUUUUUGUUGUUGUUGUUUGUUUUGUUGUUUUUUAAAAAAAAAAUGCUAAUAAAGUGUGAUAACGUGAAUGUACCGAUUUCACAGAUUUGUAUAUCACUGAUUUAUUAUUCACUUUCUUAUGGAAGUCUAUGCAGUCUGCUAAAAACCUUGCAGACAAAACAGAGGAUUGUUUAUAGUUUAAUUCGGAAAAUCAGAAGUUGCUUUCCUAAAAUGCAGACCGUAAAUGACUUGUUUGUUCUUUAAACUGCUUAACCUCAUAUAACAUCUGAUGUCUUUAGAAGCUGGUCUCUAAUGACAUGUGCCAGCAUGAAAUGACCUACUUAAUUACCAUCAGCAAGUCUUUAACAUCCAGAUGUCGUAAAUGAGUGGGACAUUCCAUUCAGAUACAGCGUCUAUAGAGCCUGUUAAAAUUACAUUCUCAUAAAAUUUAUUGUCAUGAUACCUGCUGCUGAUGAGCCAUUAACUAUGUUGAAGUGUUACAAUCCCACUUUUUCCAUACUUGUCAACACUACUUUUACCAUUACUAAAUCCACGAAAAUGGGCAUUAUACAUUUUUGAUAAAUACUCAAACUUCUAUUCAGACUCACUCUAUGCAAAUGUCCAUCGUAAAAGAACAUGCCUAGGGACUGUACCAGGCAUUAGGAAGGGCUUCCCAAACACGGACAGUGCAAAGGUGGGCUAAAUGCAGCACUGGAUCCAUUGAGAAUGCGGUGAAAAAAACUUAAAUUGCUUAGAUGAGAACACUACAUUGGACAAAAAUUGGAUUACAAAGAGUAAAUAAAAUUAACAUGUUCACUUUUAAGAGAUCAAUGGUGUGUAUUGCUCUUAACAUUUUAGUUUCCUUAAAUUAUUUUGCUGGAAUUUUUCUUUCAACAAAUGCAUGAGUCUUUCUUGCUGCUCAUAAACUGGCAUUCUGUUUACGUUUAACAUAAAACAUACAAUUCUAUCAGACUUUGAACUAUUAUGAUAAAAUCAUGGAAUAUAACUGUCCACUAUGUCACCUGCAGAACAUGUUUUUUUAAUUUCUUAAAAAUACAAAAGUCGACCAGCACAGUCCCAAUCUUAAUAAGAUGACCCUAUAUUAAUGGUGGCGAAUAAUUGACCCAUUUGUUUGAAACCAUUAAUAAAGGAUCACCUUAUUGUGAUUGGGACUGUGCUGGACUAAUGAUUUUUCUACUGUUGAUGUUGCUGGGGCCUUAUGCCUGUACACACCAGAUGGGCCUGGAUCCUCAUUAUCUGCUAUUAAAGGAUCACUAUAGGCACCCAGACCACUUCAGCUCAAUGAAGUGGUGUGGGUGCCAGGUCCCUCUAGUUUUAACCCUGCAGCUGAAAACACAACAGUUUACACUGCAGGGUGAAUCCAUCCUCUAUUGGCUGUCUCCCUGACAGCCACUAGAGGCUGCUCCCGCGAUUUUACCUUGAGUAAAUCGCACUUAUUUGACACUGGACGUCCUCAUGCAGUCCAACGUCAAAAAAGAUUCCCAUAGGAAAGCAUUGAGUAAUGUUUUCCUGUGGGCGGGUUUAUAUGUGCGCACGCCUCUGGCUGCGCAUUUGGCUCCACUCGGAGGCUGCCGUCGAUGGAGGAGAGGUCGCCAAUGCCGAGAGAGCCCACUUUAAAAUCAUGGCUGUACUCAAAAUGCGUCUGAUUCGUAUUUGAAAUGAUUACCUGUAUCUUGGCUUGUACAUUUAUCAUAAGUUGUUUUGUUCUAGAAAAUUAACAGGCGUAUGCACUUCUCGAAGACCAAGCACAGCAAGUUCAAUGAAUCUGGGCAGUUGAGUGCUUUCUAUCUUUUCUCUUGUGUUUGGGGAGCAAGCAUUAUUGUAUCGGUAAGUGUGUUUACAAUGUAAAGACUAUGACCUAUCAUUACUUGGUAUUUUCUCAUCUUUUUGCGAAAGACCUCUCUUCAUGAAGUAUAAACACCUAAUUUUAGAUGAGCUGUGACUCCCAACCCUCUUGAAAUAAAGUAUCAAAGCUAUAUUCUUGACCUAUAUUGAAAAACAUGACGCAUGCUUGACCUUAUACCUUUUUCAAUCUCUCCAUGUACCAAGACUUCUAUAAUCUGUCCUAUUUCUAGCAAAACUCAAGAAACCACAUGUCACCAAAUUAAUGGAACAACCGUCCCAUAAUUAUUAGCGACUAGGGAACUUGGUAGGUGUUUGACAAUCAACCACUAUCAUUCAACAUUCUAGAAUUGUUAAAUGUUGAACCCUUUCCACGCCAUGUUCCAAUAAAGGACAAGCAUGACUACAGUAAGCUAUUUCUUAAAUUGUCAUGCCUACUGCAAGGGAUGUGUUGAUUAACAGGAGAAAAUAUUGAGUCUCUUCAGAGUUACAAGUACCAAUUUGGCUGCUCUGAUGCCGUACUAAUCCAGAGUGCACUCAGCCUUUGUAGUACCCAUGGCAACCAUCUCCACGCACCACUGUUAUUUUCGGCAAAAUAACUACCUGCACAGUAGCUAAUUAAAAUGUUUUGAUUCUGGUUUAAUGAAUAAAGAAUGCAACCAAUUUCACUCUUAGUAUGGCUUUGUUAACAGUUAAUUGGCAGAAUUUUUUUUUUUUUUUUUUUACUCUGUACAUCUAUAUUCUGUUGAUUGAUCUAGUUUUAUUCAUAUUGCUAUAGAAUUGCCAAUUCUUUAUGUAUUUUUAUAUCUGUAUUUUCCUUCUAUUUCAGGAGCAUUAUUUUGCAGAUCCUACAAGUUUGUGGAAAGGAUACCCCCACUCAAAUUUCCCGUAUGUUAGUUAAUUGUCCUUUUCCUGAGCAAUCUCUUGUUUGUGUUUAGUGUUCCUCAGCUUUUUUUGAGCUACUCAAGUUAGUGUAUAAUAAGGUCACAUAGAAUAAUUCAUAUAUGUAGUCAGUUUUUAAUGCUAGUUGAUUUUACUAGAAUUUUUAUUUUUGUUUUUUUAAUUCUUUAUUUAGGUUGUGCUUAGGUUAACAAACAGAUUUGCACUGCCUCAACAGCUGGUGCAAUCAGAGCAAUAGACUAGAGUUAAACACGACUGACUUCAGAUAGAAUGCACUUUUUUGUUCUAAUAGAAGGGUAAACAAUAAGCUAGAAAUACAGGUCUAGACUAACAAUGGCGUACAGUCUUACAUGAGGUUAAGGGCGUAAGACUGUACGAAGUUUGGGUGCUGCGCGUACUUGGGGGUUGGGGUGCUGCUUGGCGUGCUUGGGGGGUUGGGGUGCUCUUGGCGUGCUGGUGGGGAUUGGGGUGCUGUGGCGUGCUGGGGGAUUGGGGGUGGGCGGGGGUGGGGUGCUUUGGGGGUUGGGGUGCUGUGUGCGUGGGGGUUGGGGUGCUGUGUGCGCUGUGUGCGUGAGGGGGUUGGGGUGCUGUGUGCGUGAGGGUGGAGGGGGUUGGGGUGCUGUGUCGUGAGGGGGUUGGGGUGCUGUGUGCGUGUGAGGGGGUUGGGGUGCUGUGUGCGUGAGGGUUGGGGUGCUGUGUGUGGGGUUGGGGUGCUGUGUGUGCGUGAGGGGGUUGGGGUGCUGUGUCGUGAGGGGGUUGGGGUGCUGUGUGUGCGUGGGGGUUGGGGUGCUGGGUGGGGGUUGGGGUGCUGUGUGCGGGGGGUUGGGGUGCUGUGUGCGUGAGGGGGUUGGGGUGCUGUGUGUGCGUGGGGGGUUGGGGUGCUGUGUGUGCGUGAGGGGUUGAGGUGCUGUGUGCGUGAGGGGGUUGAGGUGCUGUGUGCGUGGGGGGUUGAGGUGCUGUGUGUGGGGGUGGUGGUGGUAAAGAUUAUUUUUAUAUAUAUAUAUAUAUAUAUAUAUUCCCCCACCCCCCUUCUUCUUACUUUGGGGGGGAGUGGGGGGGCUAGCACCCAUGGAAUAGCCAGCAAUGGUGGUAAGUUCUCUGCCACUUGUCUAUUUCACUGUUAUUGUUGAAGUGCUUACCUUGGCUUUUGGGGCAUUGUAAGCCUAUUUGUCUUUUUUCUCUAUAUGCACUUUAUUAAAGUAUUGUUGUUAUAAGAAAAAACCACUAACUUACACAAAUGUAUUUCGGAGGUACAUUUUAUUUUAUUUUUGAUCCUACUCUCUAUUGAUCUUACUUCAUCCCUUCCCCCUGCAAAUCUUUAUUUUUGACAUCAUUUCUCUGCAACUUUCUCUAAUGUAUAUUGAAAACUUUCUGCAGGGUGGCCUUUUAAUUGGCAGUGCUUCUAACAUUGUUGCUAUUCCUUUUCAUAAACUUACCAUAUAUACUCAAGUAUAAGUCUAGUUUUUCAGCACAUUAUUUAUGCUGAAAAACCCCCACUCGACUUAUACUCGAGUCAGUGUCUGUAUUAUGGCAACUUACAUUGCCAUAAUACAGACCAGGACCGCCGGGCUCAUUACAAGCCCGGUAGUCCUGUUGGGGGCUGGCAGAGAGCUGUUACUUACCUUUACUGCAGCUCCUGUCAGCUCCCUUCUCCUCCACUGUAAGUCUCGUGCUCUGACCCCGCAGCUCUCGCAAGACUUACAGUGGAGCUGACCGGACCGGAGGAGAAGGGAGCUGACAGGAUCUGCAGGAAAGGUAAGUAACAGCUCUCUGCCAGCCCCCCUCCUACACAGCCCAUCCACUGGACCACCAGGGAAUGAGAGCCCCCCUCCCUGGCCAGCUAACAAGCAUGAAGGGGGGACGAAAAUACAAAUUAAAUAAUAAAAAAAAAAUUACAAUUAAAAAAAAUUAAAAUAUUAAAAUUAAAAAUAAUAAAAAUGCCCUCCCCCACCCAGUUCACACACUCUGCAUUGUAUACACACACACUCUGCAUUAUAUACAUACACACACACUCUGCAUUAUAUACACACUCAUACAAACACACACUCUGCAUUCACGCAAACACACACACACACUCUGCAUUAUAUAAUGUAGAGUGUAUACCCUUGACUUAUCCACGAGGCAUAGCAUAUUUCACAAUUGUUGGUCAUAAAACCGCACUCGACUUAUACAUGAGUAUAUAUGGUAUUUUUUUUUUUUUUUUUAUUGAAAUCUCAGAAUGUUUUGUUACAUUACUUUCUGUUUGUGCUGCUACUUAGCUGCAUGUAAUGUGCUACAGAUAUACUGAGGGUGAAAUGGGAUCAGUACUUUACAUUAAGAUUGCUCUGUUUUGGCAUUUGUACACAGUGCAACUUGUAUUUGUGCAUUUUCCUUCACCAUUUAAGACAACAUGAAAUGUGUGGAAUCCUUUGUUUACAAUAUGGCUUUGCACAAACUUAGAGUUGCUUUGAUUAGAGAUGGCAGCACUUUAUAGACCAAUCUACUGAUGAUGGAGACAUAUUACUGAGCUAGAUCAGAUUUACUUUGAGCACAGUUUGUCUAUCUGGUUGUAUUGCUGUAGGGUGCUUGUAUGUCUCCACUAUAAUUUGUAUUUCCUUUCUUAGAUUCCAGAUGAAGUUUUUCUACAUUUCCCAAUUGGCAUACUGGUUUCAUGCAUUUCCAGAGCUGUAUUUCCAAAAAACCAAAAAAGUAAAUAUAUUUUCAAUCUCUUGUUGUUUUGAGGGGUGGGGAAAAAAGGGAGGCUCUUUGGUUUUUGUUUUUUUUAUAUGCAUUUUGUUUAUUUCGAUCAGAUGGCUAAAAUAAUUAGUUGCAGAGGGGAGGAUGGGGGUAUUCCCCCUCUGAAAUGAUUUUUACUCCAUGUAAUGCAAUUGAUGUGGUCAGCUGCCGGAUCAAAACGGAGAUUCCUCUGACACUAAAGGGACACUCGACUGGCCAAAUAAAUAUAAAUAAAAUCCCUUUUUAGUAGAUCAAUCACCGAUGAAAACAUGCAUGCUUGUAAUUAUGCAUUUUUAAUUGGAGUAUAUCUAAGAAGACCUUGCAAAAGCUGCAGACCUCAUGUCUGCAGCCUUUAGAAGCCCUCCCCUUCUUCCCCAGCUAUACUUUAUGUAGCUCUCCUUUCACACUUCCAAAGGCAGGUCUUUCAAAGGCCACUGAGCUAAACUACCAGGAAAAAACAAGACCAGUUGUCUGAGUGACAGCCUGAUAAUUGUAACCAGGUUAUUGUAGAAAAGUGCCAAUUUCUAUUGGAAUCUGCUCCUUUUGUGAAAUGGAAAAAAGCACUCGCUCUUAAAGCAUUUCAACAAGCUUAAGUGCAUUGGGUGCUUGGAGUGUUCCUUUAAUCAAGGGAUUUUGCAAAACGUGUUUUAGUAAUAUCUUGUAACAGUAUGGUGGGAUGCAAAGUUAAUUUGUACCUUAAAUUUUGUGGGAUGAGAAAACAUUUAUUUUCUCCUUCAAAGUGUUUUGCUUUGUUGUAUGAAGCAAAUCUUGAAUACAUUUUAAUUUAAGGUUGUAAAACAACAAAAUGACAUUUCUUUUGGUAAGGGUUGAAUAUUUAAUGUUAAUUACUGUAAUUAAAAAACCUGUAAAUAUCAUCUAACUUCACCAUUCCUCAGCAGUCCAAGUCCUCUGCUUUGCUGUUUGUGUAUUAUGUUUAAUGGUGAUAAGGUUUGUUCUGGGUGCGUACAAGAUGAUGUUGAUAAAAAGUUUUUUUUUUAGAUGUUGCUAAUGGUGACUAAUAAAGAACAUAUUGUUUUAAUGAUAAAUUCAAAAGAAACCUAUUUUAAAAGUCCUACAACCUUGAAAUGGAGGGGGAGCUCAGAUAGAAUUGAUUUUUAUUUUUUUUAUUAUUUAUAUGUAAAUGUAUAUUCCUUAUCAUACUUAAUUGAUCUUUAAGGAAGAGCCAUUUAUUUUUUAUUUUUUAUUUAUCUUCAUGAGAUUUCUGUUUAAUAUAAAUCGAGUGGUAUUUAACAGCUGCCCUGCUCACAAGCAAGUCCAAACAUGUUUGUAUGGCUCCCCUCUGCCAUGUAGUGUGUAGUGAACUGAAGUACCAGGGAGUGGGGCCCAUUUUAAUUUUGGACGUAUGGCAUGUCAGGACUUAAAUGUUGGCAGAAAAGUUUUAAAACUGGGGGGAGGGGGAGGAUUUUCAAUUGGAAUGAGGAAAUGGUACUAUGAUGCUUAACAUUUAAUUUCAUGUAAUUUUACAGGAAGAUAUUCCCCGUCAGCUGGUCUAUAUUGGUCUGUACCUAUUUCACAUUAUUGGGGCAUAUGUGUUAAAGUGAGUAUAUUUUAUUUUAGUGUGUGUGUGUGUGUGUAAUUUUUUUUUAACGGAAUAUUUUAAUUUUCAUACCUUCACAAAAUAGUAUUAUAAAACAUCCUGCUUGACUCUGUUGCAAAACCUUAUGAUUUGUCAUUCAGUCAAAUCUUUAUUGUAGUUUAUUAUGAUAUAGUGUGCUUUAUUACCCACUUAGUCAAACGCAUGUAAUUUUGUGGCAAUCUGUCUGUUGCGUUGUUUUCCUAUCAUAUUAAAUGGAAUAGAAAAUUACACAAUGCUUUUUAAAUGACCAUUGGUGGGAAUUUCAAUUACCGGUACUUUUAUAUGAAACUGUACUUGGACUAGUUCAGAUAUGUAUGUGAUAUACCAGUGUACUUUACAGUGAGGGGAAAAAAGUGUUUUUAUUUAAAAAAAAAAAAAAUACAAAUUAGCAGGGGAUCAAAUACUUUUUCCCCUCACUACUGCAGCCAGUAUCUUUUGAAAAGGCAGCUUAAGAGAAGAAAAUAUAAUCCCGUUUAUAUGAAAUCUGUGUUCUGAUUAACUGCUUGAUUUUAGAUUUAGGAUACAAAUUGUAAGGAGUGUGUCUCUGCCCGUUUUGCAUUGUAUCUUGCUCUGUGUCUGCCUGUUUGCCUGCUUCCUGUGUGUGUGUGUGUGUGUGUCUGACUCUCCGCUUUCUGUGGAGGGAGAGAAAUCAAUAGCUCUUUUACACUUCUGAUGUAACACUGCUGCAAACAGAUUGUAAUCAAUCAGUGGAUUGCUUUGUGGAAACUACUUUAGGAGUAACAACCCUUCUGUUUAAAUAAUGCUUCUCCCAUAAACCAUCACGGACCUUGUUGUUCUGUAGAAGCUGUCGGAUACCUUUUGGCCACUGGUGUACUACACUUUCAUUGACCAAUAUAACACAGUUUGUGUGUUUUUAGGGUUCUGUGCAAUACAUAUAUGAAGCAAAAUAUUAAUGUAAGCUAAGGCAUUUCAUGCAUUUGCAUGGGCUCAUUUCAGUUGCUCCAGAUGUUGGCGUACUGUGCCUUAAACUGCCGUGCUGCACAUACAAAGUCUAAAUCCAGUUGUAGUAACUUGAACUUGCUUCUUAAAACGUGAAUACUUAAAGUGACACUCCAGGCACUAAAUUAAGUUAUGGCGCCAGAAGGACCUUUGAGGCACUCUAACCACAAGGUAAAUGUAUGUUUCUAUCAAGCCAGUUCAGUGAAUGGGGAGUCAGUCACUGAUUGGCUGAGUGCGUCAGAAGCCGGAUUCUUCCAGGGAUGGAGUGGACAUCGCCACUGGAGUCAACUUUGGGGUUGAACCGUUCUAGAAUGGCACCAUAACAUUUUCAUUUAGAGUGUCCCUUUAAAUAUUUUGGUUCCAAAUAAAGAUGUAUAACCCUUUUUAAGAUCAAUGGUGAAACAUGCCAUGGUCUCAAGCUGCAAGACUUCCUGCAUUGAGCCCUGGUAAAGUAGAUGUUUCAAUAGGACCAGAUAUUAUUUUGAUUGUCAUUUGUCCUGAACCUGUUAGACACUAGAUUGUAAUGGUUUGUUUGUGCCAUGACACAUACCUAUCAUAAUCGGUCCUGUCAUAGGUCAUAUUUUCGUAAGUUAUUGCAUUAGAGUUAGUUUAUCACUAUGCAUUGCAGCUCAUCAUAUUUAUUUUAUUCUUUUGCAGUCUGAAUCGUUUGGGUCUUGUACUACUUGUGCUCCAUUACUUCGUAGAGUUUCUUUUUCACAUGUCUCGCCUCUUUUACUUCAGCAAUGAGAGAUACCAGAAAGGGUAUGUCAUAUUUUUAAUUACAAUGAACGUUGCAAAUGGAGCCAGUUCUGUUGAUUUUACUGGCCGCUUUAAAUAAGUGCAUGACCAUUCUAAAUACCAAGUAUAAACUGGCAGGAGUGGCAUAAGGAAGAGAUGUUGAAGCUGACAAGUUUUGAUUUUCAUUUUUCUAUCUGCAGUUUCACCCUUUGGGCUGUACUCUUCGUUCUGGGUCGUCUUCUCACCCUCAUCCUUUCAGUUCUGACUGUUGGAUUUGGUCUUGCCAGAGCAGAGAAUCAAACUUUGGAAUUUGAUUCUGGGAACUUCAACAUUUUAGCCAUCAGGUAUUUACUCAUUAUUUAUUAAUAUUAACCUAUGUUCUGGGAUUAAAUGAUUAAACCCAUCACAAAUUAAUGUAAGUUUUGACUAGGGCUGCUUUGAUGUGAAAAGGAAAGCUCACAUUCUAUUUUCUUAGUUUGUACACGAGGGCUACUAUUGUAGUCCACCCUGGCGUGAUAUGGUGUAAUGUGCAUUUGUUAAUAUUAAAGAAUAAAACGUAUGGCGAAUACAAGGUUAUCCUGAAGUAUUCUAUAUCAGCACAACUAAAUGUUCAGAUUACAGUAAUUUAGCAAAUACUUUAAAUGCAUAAUUUACUUCAGUUUUGGAAGUCUUUGAAAUGUGAAUGCUCAUUAACUUGAAUGCCUGAUGAGUGCAUUCUAAUUAGAGCUUGUUACUUUCCCUCCUGCCUCCAGAUUCAGCGUGCUUGCAUCAAUUUGCAUAACUCAGGCAUUUAUGAUGUGGAAGUUUAUUAAUUUCCAGCUAAGACGAUGGAGAGAGCAUUCAUCCCCUCAGCCGUCCUCUCACAAAAGGAAAUCUGUCCCUGUUAAAGGCAAAUCCUCCCGAAAGGAAAAAGGUAUUUGGCACAUUACUUCUCCCCCCUGCAUCCAAAAUUUCAAUUGUUCUAAAAUGCUUUAUGGUAUUAGUGGUAAAGUUCCAAAGGACCAUUUCGUAUAAUGCAUUUUAUUUAUAUAUAGUCUGACACUCAUAUGUCAUUAAACCCUUGCUACAGCGCAUACUAAAUAAAUAGCUGGUCAGAUCAUUACGAGCUAAGCGCUAUACCCUAGAGCAGGAGUAGGCAACCUCUUGCACUCCAGACGUUGUGGACUACAUCUCACAGAAUGCUCUUACAGCCAUAACGCAGGCAAAGCAUCAGGGGAGGUGCAAUUCACAACAUCUGGGAUGCUGAUGGUUGCUUACCACUGACCUAGAGAACUGUGUUGUUUUGGCUGGAAACCUGUAUCCCAUAGGGUUGCUGAAUAACAAUAUUGUAUAAAUGUUGGCUAAGUAGGUGUUCCUGUAAGUAGUUUUAUAUGCGUGAAUAACUAUGCAUGUUUAUUGGAGUUAGUAUAUGUUUGUUGGUGUGACUCAUGCACAGGUUUCAGGAAGCAUUUUGUUCUUGGGUUAGCCCUAGAUAUAAUACUAUAGAAGCAGAACACCACCAUCAGAGUUAAUCACUAAAUUGCCAAAAACUCUUCUUGUAAAAUCUAAUUUUAGGGAUGAGUUGGACAUUUGUGUUACUUGGAGAAUUGUUUAAACUCUGCUAUUCUUAUCAAGAAUUUGCAGUUCUCUUGUGAAUUUCAAAUGUAAAGUCUGCUAGAUUUUCAGCUAAGCUUUUUUUGGCCUAAAACUUGAAAUUUCCUUUUGAAUUUCUUACAAAUCACAAACUGGUGAAUAACCCCGUUAGUAUAUUUUGGAACCUUGACCCAAUGCGUGCCUUCUAAAACAGAAUUUUAUUUAAGUUGUCCUGUUUGAGGCUGAGGUUAUAACCCUACUUGCACAAAUUUACUUCGGAGAUAUAUAUAUAUAUAUAUAUAUAUAUAUAUAUAUAUAUAUAUAUAUUCAUAUUCUCUUUUUUUUGAGUUAUUCACUGAAUUUCAUGACCAUUACAUUUUAAUUUUGAAUAGUCUGUUUAAAAAUAAUAAAUAGAGGUCAUUACUGCAGAGAAGAGCAGACUUGUGUUUCAGCAGCUCCUGCAGUUGUGUGGAAAAUACUCCUUGAAAUUUGCGGAUGCAAACACAAACUCAACAAAUUCUGCCCACUUAGUGUGUGGGGACACUGUGGUGUCCAUGGGGAUGCCUUUUGAUCUACAAUUUAUGAAGAAAUCACCUGAUCACUUUUUGCGGCCUACCUGCGUGGUUGGCGUGGGAGAGGCGACCGCUCUCCUGCUGCCAUGGAAGGUUGGAACCUUAUAUUUGGAACCUCUGGACCAGUGGACUACACUCCUCAAUCUGGAAGCUAUCUUUUCGGCAUUUCUAUCGAACCUGGCAGGGAGGUAGAAGGGCCUGCAGUAAUCUCAACACUAUCACUCACCUGCAGAUGACCACGAGAAAUCCAGCAGAGUGGAACGGUAAAGCGGGUCCUUACUUACCGAACAAUCCCAGCGUUGUACAACCCGAUUUUGCAGCUAAGCCCAAUAAUAUCUCUGCUGAUUUCUGGAGACGGUCGAAACACAGGGCCAGUGAGUACAGCUAGCAACGAUGCAAUGCCAGAGAUAAACUAAAUCAGCCAUCUUGGUAACUCUUGCAGUGUCCCCGGCUUUGGAGAGUGAGGUGAACCUGAAAAAGGCAAAGCCGCCUGAGCCAACGCAUUAAAGCUGAGGCUGAGGGCAAUAUCUAAGCAGAUCGUCCCAAGACCUACUCUCAUAGGUGAAGCCCUCACAACUACUGGUGGGCUCAACUUCAAGUCCCACUUUGAAGCUACAUCUGCAGCCUGCAUCCUGGCCCUUGUGCUCCAAAGUCUGCUCUGGCGAAUAGAUCGAAUGCUAUGCCCCAGAGUGGCAUUGGUUGAUCCAGCACUGGGACCCCUGACGACUGGCAAUAGGCAUCUCAUAAUGUUUUUACACUGCUUGCUUUCAUAUUAUUUUCCUUUUUAAAUGUCACUGACACAAGUGUUUGUUCAGUUCAUACAGUUUCAUAGUUGAUAACCGUUAGUUAGAGAUGUUGUGCCGGCGAGUCUGAAAAAUAAUCUAGGGAUCCACUAGGUGUUCUUUUGCCUCCACUCUGUCUCAGGCAUACUAACUGAAUGCUUGCUUUGCUGUUCAUACUGUUUAGACACAUAACGUAGCUUGACUACAACUAUAGUAAUUUAUAUUAUAAAUUUGUGCUAAAAAAUCUCAAUGCCAUGCAAUUGUCUAAUUGUGUAAUCUAACAUACUUGUCCUUGCUCUCUUGGCAGUGCAAGCUUGCCUGUAUAUAUAUUUUUUUUUUUUUGCACAACAAAAAUAAAGAACAAAAAAAAAAAAACUAAUAAAUAAAACACUUCACAUUUUUUCCUCCUAUUUACAGAGAAUGGAGUAAACGGAACAGUGACAUCUAACGGAGCAGGAUCUCCUCGGAGCCGUAAAGAGAAAUCCUCAUAAAGAAGAGUAGAAAAAAAGAGCGAAAAAGAAGCAUUUUGCAUCCGAUGUACUUUGUUCCCAAAGAGCAGUUGCCUUGUGCUGUACAGAGCCCCACAGCACUAGAAUUCUUACUGUUACAACAUAUAAUGCAAUGUGUUUCUAUCAGACGGUAUGUUAUGAAUCUUCAAACUGUACAGGGUGUUUUUAUUUUCAUUACUUUUAGCAUUUAUUGAAUGCUAGGACUGUCCCAAUCAAGAAAUAUACUGCAAAAAGACAAAUGUACCUGGAUCCUUAGAAAAACACAUUGGUUUGUCAAUUCUAAAGCAGGUUCACACAGCAGAUAACUUAUCCAGGACUGGUACCCGUUUUGCACUGGUGAAAAUAAAAAUCUAACCCCCUUGCUGCCAAAUGGGCCUUGAAAGCAUUCCCAUCUAGCCUCCUGUCAGCAUCGGAUUCAAAGCCAAAUGUAUCAAUAGAAACACCUCCCCAUUUAGUUUCAUUGAUGGGUGGCAGGAAAAGUGCAAAAUUGGAGUAAUUUGAACAAUUUUCAUUAAAGUAUUUCUCUCUCUACCCGGUUGUACAGUUCCAGCAUCCUUCUCUUUUGGUAUGCCAACUAAUAUGUUUAAAAAAAGAUGUAAAUGCUGUGAUAAAUGUAUUUUCACUUCAGUUUUUUUAUAAGCCAACUUUUUUCUUAUUUGAUUAAAAGAAUAAAACCUAAAAAUUGAAUUGUGCACAUUUGCAACAGCAGUGGAUUUUUUUUUUUUUUUAACAUUAAUCCUGAUAUUUCAUUUUGAGAAUUGGAAUUACUUUUUUUUCUGCCGUUCUCAACUAUCGUGGAAUCUCUGCAACAAUCGGCAUAGUCUAUUAAUAUAACUUAAGUGCUUCUGCCAUACAUUGCUUGGUGCCACUCAUAAGGGAGUACAUUGCAAUCUGUAUAUUUGGUAAUUAGAUAUACAAAAUACUCCCAUAAUUUGGUGGGGGUGGGGGCGGGGGCUUGCAUACAGCAAUCCCUUUUAGUUUUAGAUAGUUUUAAUGGUGGUGGAAAUAAGUCAGGUACAUUUUUUCCUUUUAAGUUUUACAUUAACUUGUGAUUUUACUAGCACAUUGUAUCGCUUAAAUUUCCACUUAUCUGAAGUUGAACUUAUCAUGCACACAUUGGUGGGUGACAAGUUCAGUUUAAUUUAAACAUUUCUAAUACUAAGUGAGGGAGCCUGCUAAUGUGUGGUGGUAGUGUGUAGAUUUUAUGAAUCCUGUUAACAGUUCAUAAAUUGGCAAAUGAAGUUCAGGAAUGGUUGUCCUUAGUAAUUGCUUUCUUUGGCACUGCAGAUGUUUGUGAUGGGCAAUGCCAACGUUAGCCAUCACUAACUUGUUCUGCUUCUUCUUAUGGAUUUUGCCACACAAUAUAGUAGUAAUUCUUUUUGUUUUGCUUUGGUUUAAUUUAAUUAAUGAUUGUAAAGCCUGGAGAUGUGGUCCUCUGCAUACAGCAUCUAUAUUUUUCGAUACAAAUAACAUAUAUAUUUAUAUAUUUGCUAAAGAAAGCCUUAAAACGCCUGCUCAGUAUGUCUGGUAUUUGCUGUAAAAAAAUUUUUUAUUUUUUUAUUUUUCAACAUUCAUUGAUUUGAUUUAGACAAUGUUGUCAUCGGAUAUCUAAUUUCAGGACCAGUUUGUAAAUGUUAAUCUGCUGAAAUAAGUAAAACAUUUUGUUCAAUUAGUUUUACGAUGUAUGUUUCGUUCACUCUAGAAGCUUCCAUCACAUUUUGUAGGCACGGAUUAGAACCGAUGUUAAGCAUUUAUAAGACAAACCUCACAAAUGAUUUGAAGUGAUUUAAGCCUGUCACUGUAAAGUGAAUUUAAGUAGAAAAUGCAUACCCUUUAUGUGAAGCAUGGCAUGCACUGCCAUCGUAUGAAGUUGGCACGAAACUGCUAAUUUGCGAUUAUGGGAUCCUUAAACCACAAAUGUCAAUUUAAAAAAACAAAACAAACAAAAAAUCAGUUUCUGAAUUCUCUUAACUUUAAGUGUUCAUUCUACCUUGGUGAUUUGGCAGCGUCUGGGAAAAAAAGUGUAUCAAGAAAAAAUUAUCAGAUUGUUUGUGACAAAGUAGUAUUUGACAAUGAAACUCCCUUGAGUAAUUUUUAUUUAAUUUUUUUGGUGAUAUUUGGUUUUUGAAGUUCCUUCAUUUGGUGCACAUUUUCUUCAAUGAGCUCUUCAUAGACAAGCAAAUGAAUUGGCCAAUCUGAUGACUGUAUCAAGGGUUUCUGGGAGCUGUUAUCAAUCGCCUUUUAAGUAGUGAUAGCACAUGCAUCCGUAUUUCUGGAGCAGAAAAGGGAAGGCCUACAGGUUCAGAGAGAGGGGCAGAAAGGGUGGGAAUAUGGAAAGAAACUACAACCACAAAAGACAAAAGUCAAAACACCAAGCAUAACCCUAGACUUUGGACCUAAUCUAUUCAAGUACCUAGAGUUCCCCUUUAACUCCAUUGGUAGUUGUUUCGCCGGUUUCCCUUCCAUGUUCCAAGUUUAUCUAGAAGUUUUAUUUUGGAGUCUCUACAGAAACGCUACGAAUACCUAUACCGAAUGGAAAAUUAUUUAUUUUCACUUUAAGGAAAAUUCUCAUUCAACAGUCAUUUUCUUAUUAAAAAUGUAGUCUAGCCUCACUGUGCAUUAUUUUCUAAUGAAUGUUAACUUUUCGGGGCAGCUUUUUUUUUUUUUUUAAUCAGAAGCACCACUUAUCUAAGAUCAUGUACCAUUUGAAAGUCUACCAUACAUUUUUCAGAUGCCCAGCACUUACACAUGAUAUUUUGGAUUCAGGAAUGCAUCCUAACUGUUACAUGCACGGAACUGGGUAAGAUAAGCCAUGCUUCUUGCGCAACAGCAAAACUACAAAGAAUAAUAGUCAGGGAACGAAGCACUGUAAAUUAACGUUUAAAGGACCACUAUAGGCACUCAGACCACUUCAGCUUAAUGAAGUGGUCUGGGUGCCAGGUCCAGCUAGGGGUAACUUUUUUUUUUUUUUUUUUUAUUAAA